AUGACAGACAGCAUUGUAGACAAAAUUGAAUCGUACUGUUCGGGAGAUUCUCUUUGGGACUCCAAUCUGACCUGGAACACUGCUUCUCCAGAUCUCACACCUUGCUUCCAGAAAACAGUUUUACCCUGGAUACCAUGUAUUUUUAUCCUGAUAUUCUCACCACUCAGGCUCUUCUUACUGCCAAAGGAACGCUCAAAACUACAACACUCUACGCUUAGUCUUGCCAAAUAUAUUUUGUGUUCUGGUCUCGUCUUCCUUUCAUUUUUGGAAUGCUUAGAAACGGUUUACGCGAAUUCUCUGGAUGAUGCCCUCCGACAACCGGAAUUCAUGUCACCCAUACUUACUGGAAUUACACUGAUUAUGGCCAAUCACAUCAUGUUGACAGAACGCCAACAAAAAGUAAGGUCCUCUGGAUUUCUACUUACCUACUGGUUCCUGAUGUUUGUCAGCUUUUCUUUGACACUUCAGUCCCGAGUCAGAUCCCUCCUCAAACAGGAUGUGAUGAAUGUGGAUAUGAGGUUUUGUGUCCUAUCCAUGCAGACUCUUCUAAGCAUUGCUAAUCUGAUUGUGACCGCACUAUUUAAAGACAGUUUUCCUGAAGAUGACCAAAAAUACAAGAAACCGUGCGUUGAGAACAGUACAUCUCUGUCCACUCUUACAUUUUCUUGGUUUACUGGCAUCGUACGAGAAGCUUACAAGAGACCAUUGAAGGCAGAAGACAUGUUAGAACUCCAAGAAAACUUAAAGUCGGACUCAACUGUUCCUGUAUUCGAGAAAGCCUGGCAUAACGAAAUCAAUACCCUUAAGGGGAAAACCCAGGAAGAGAAACCUGAGAUCAAUAACAACAAACCCGAAGAAAAGAUACACUAGGCUAGUCUCAUUAAGGUGCUCUUCAAGAUUCACUCGUCUGAGAUAGUUCUUAAUUUUCUGAUGCGGAUGUCACGUCAUCUUUUGCAGUUCGUUGGACCCUUUCUUUUCAAGCAAAUGAUUGAUUUUGCUGAGGACAGAAAUGAUUUACUUUGGCAUGGAAUUUUAUUUGCCACUGUGAAAUUCAUAGUUGAUUGCACACAAUUGCUAAUGGCAAAUUAUGAUGACAAUAUUUGUCAUAUGAUAGGAAUCAAAAUCAAAACAUCAGUUUGGGGAGCUCUGUAUAGAAAGAUGACUAAUCUUUCGAACAAAGCCAAGAAAGAUUGCACUGUUGGCGAAAUGGUUAACCUGAUGUCUGAUGAUGCUCAAAGGGUUAUACAUGCUCUCUUUCAAUUACACUUCUUGUGGAUAGGACCUCUACAGGCAUGCGUGGCUCUAUACUUCCUAUACCAAGAGUUGAAGUUUGCUGCAGUCCUUGGAUUUAGCCUCUUUUUUAUUUUCAUUCCAUUGAAUGUAUUCAUAGCAAAGAAACAUCAUAAGAUCAAUAAAGAGGAUACCGACAUCAAGGAUAAAAGAAUGAAGGUUUUAAAUGAAGUCUUCAAUGGAAUGAAGGUAUUAAAACUGUAUGCAUGGGAACCCUCAUUUGAAGACAAAAUUGACUCCAUUCGAUUCCAAGAACUACGUGGGAAAAUGAAGAGAAGAUGUUUUGAUGCAGUCUCAUCUUUUAUUUGGGGCAUAUCAGAUUUUUUGGUUACUUUUGUCAUCUUUGCCGUGUAUUUGUGGUUAGAUGACAGCAACGUUAUGACAACAAAGAAGAUCUUUUACACAAUAUCACUACUCGGAAUUCUUCGUGGACCAAUUCUGCAUAUGCCACACGUGAUCACUGCGCUUGUUGAGACAUCAGUCGCUCUUAAGAGAAUUCAAAAGUUUCUGAAUCAUGAAGAAAUAGAUGAAUCUGCAAUUCAACACGAUGGAAAAGAAGGAAUGUCCAUACAAAUGAAAAAUGCAUCGUUUGCUUGGAAUCGACAGAAAACCCCAAAUUUGAAAAAUAUAAACAUUGAUAUCCCUGACGGAGGACUAGUAGCUAUAGUUGGAGCUGUGGGUGCUGGAAAGUCUUCGCUUUUAUCGGCAGCAAUUGGAGAAAUGGAAAAGAUUUCUGGGGAAGUUUGUGUGGAUGGUUCUAUUGCCUAUGUAACGCAACAAGCAUGGAUUCAAAAUAAUUCACUGAAAGAGAACCUUCUAUUCGGUAAAGAAAUGAAUGGAAAAAACUAUAAUAAAGCAAUCGAUGCAUGUGCUCUACGAACUGAUCUUGACAUUCUUCCAGGAGGAGAUGAAACGGAAAUAGGAGAAAAAGGAAUCAAUUUGAGCGGAGGUCAAAAGCAAAGGGUCAGUCUAGCGCGUGCAGUUUAUCAGGACGCAGACAUCUACUUGUUAGAUGACCCUCUUAGUGCUGUGGAUGCACAUGUAGGAAGACAUAUCUUUGAAAAAGUUAUUGGCAAUCGAGGACUUCUGAGAAAUAAGACACGUGUCCUUGUAACACACGCCAUAAGCUUUCUACCAAAUGUGGACAAGAUCAUAAAUAUAGUAAAUGGAGAAGUAUCAGAAGUUGGGACCUACAAUGAGUUAAUGGAACAAAAUGGUGCGUUCGCAGAGUUUGUACGUAACCAUGCGCUAGAAGAAUCUGCGUCUGAUGAAGAAGAACAAAGUGAUGAAAGACCCAAGGUACCAAUGCGACAGCUAUCAACCAUUGACCAGUCUGAUAAAGGAGAUCAGGAAAGAACAGAGAGCAAAUGUAAAGAUUCCAAAUUCAUAGAAGAAGAAGCAAUAGAAACGGGACAGGUGAAAUGGUCUGUUUACACCAGUUAUUUGAAGGUCGCUGGACGUUUCCUUCUGGUUCUGUUCUUCUUGUGUCUAGCAGAGAACAUUACAGACCAUUAUAAUCAGUACUGGUUGAGCGAAUGGAGCAGUGAAAACACAGAUAACUGCACUGCAGUAAACAUGUCUUCAAGUACACAACACUCGAGAGAAAGAUACAGACUUACAGUAUUUGGAUUAAUUGGAAUGAUCAAAACUAUUUUUGAUGUUCUCGGACAACUCUCUAUUACUUACAUCGCUAUAACGUCUGCAAGAAAGUUUCACCAGAAUGCCCUGUCCAGUGUUAUGAGAGCACCCUUGAGCUUCUUCGAUACAACGCCGAUUGGCAGGAUCAUCAAUCGUUUUUCGAAGGACAUGGAAACUUUAGAUUGGUCUCUUCCCUGGAUAACAAAGUCUUUCUUAGAGAGUGUUCCUCACCUGUUGUCCACUCUUGCUAUCAUUACAUUGGGAACGCCUAAAAUAAUGUACUUCGUGAUUCCAUUGUGCUUCGUUUAUUUUUUCAUACAGAGACUCUUCAGCGCCACUGCAACACAGACCAGAAGGAUCUGCAGUGCCCUUAGAUCACCUCAGUACUCUCAUUUCAGCGAAUCCAUCAAUGGUGUCACAACACUUCGUGCUUUCAACAAAACACAGUUGUUCACCAAUGAGUCUGAUCGUCGGCAAGACGCGUACAAUAAGGCUGAAGUAACAAAUACCAUGUGUUACAGAUGGUUAGGUAUUCGUUUGCAGUUUAUCGGAAAUCUUUUGGUUUUCAUUGCUUGUACCAUGGCUGUUUAUAGAAGGGACGUGUUAUCAAGUGGAAUGAUAGCCCUUGUAAUGACAUAUGCUGGGCAUAUAACAGGAAUACUCCACUGGAUUGUUCACAUUUUUACUGAAAUGGAUACUAGAAUUGUGUCGGUUGAAAGGAUCCAGGAAUACAUGGACACAAAACCUGAAGCGGAAUGGCGUAUUAAAGAUACAAAACCUGCCCCUGAAUGGCCUCAAAAAGGCCAUGUCAAAUUUUCAAAUUUUGGUCUGAGAUACCGUGAGGGUUUGGACCUGGUUUUGAAAGAAAUAGACUGUGAAAUAAUGCCAGGAGAAAAAAUUGGAAUCGUUGGGAGAACAGGCGCAGGAAAAUCGUCUUUAACUCUUGGAUUAUUCAGAAUCAUUGAAAAGGCUGAAGGCAGUAUAACAAUUGAUGAUGUCGAUAUAUCCACCAUUGGUCUUCAUGACCUUCGAUCAAAACUAACUAUUAUUCCUCAAGAUCCCAUUUUAUUUUCUGGUACAAUACGGAUGAAUUUGGAUCCAUUUGAGUAUUAUACUGAUGAUGAAUUAUGGGUAGCUCUGGAGCACGCCCAUCUUAAAAAGUAUGUGGAAUCUCUAGAUGAUGGCCUUCAACAUGAAUGUAGUGAGGGAGGUGAAAAUUUGAGUGUUGGACAAAGACAAUUGGUUUGUCUUGCCCGAGCAUUAUUAAGGAAAACCAAGGUGCUAGUAUUAGACGAAGCCACAGCAGCAGUAGACCUGGACACGGAUAACCUUAUACAGAAAACCAUAAGACAGGAGUUCUCAGACUGCACAAUUCUCACCAUAGCACACAGGCUCAAUACCAUCAUGGAUUACUCAAGAAUUAUGGUAUUGGACAAAGGACAGAUAAAAGAAUUUGAAAGUCCCGAAACAUUGCUGAAAGAUGAGGACAGUACAUUUUACAAAAUGGCCAAGGAUGCCAAUCUCGUGUAG